AUGAAGUUCUUCGUCGCCAUCACCGCCCUCGCCGCUGCUGUUGCCGCUUCUCCCCUCAAGGAGCCUACUAUUGACAGAAGUGACAGCCCUGCCUGCAAGGCUUGUGCUGAAAAGUGCUCCGAGGGCAGCGGGCCUAUUGCUGGUCUUGCGUGCAGAGCCGUGUCCUGCGUUACCGCUUGCACCGAUAUUCUACCCACAAUUACCAUCUAG